AUGUCUGCCGUGUCGGAGUUUGAAUCCAUCCUACAAGAAUUGCCUACCAUAAAGGCUCCAGGUGUUUCUGGUUCUCGUAUCAAGAAACUUACUGAUCUCGCCGUCAAGAAUGUGGCCGAAGAAUCCCAGCUUGUCCAGGCCUUGUACAACAGUUGCAAGGCCACCCCAUCUUCCCAUAAAUUGGGUGCUUUAUACGUUGUGGACUCCAUCGUGAGAGUCUACAAGGAAGAGGCCAAGAAGAAGGGUGAAACCGUGGAUUCUUCAGCUCCAGAGGGUACUUUUGCUGGCGGUGUCUUCAAGAUAAGUGAGUUGAUUGAGUCCAUCAUGGACGAUGCUAUGCUGUUGCUGGUUGUUCCAGCCACUUCUGUCAAGAUCUCCAAGCUUGUGGAUAUUUGGGAACGUGCCCAGACCUUCUCCCCUGCUACUUUGAAGGCCAUCAGGGACAAGCACUUCCGCUCUACGACUCCUCCUGGUAGUCCUCCAAACAAGAGUGUUCCUGCUCCAUCCUUGCCUCAACCUCCUGCUGCUGCUUCAGCCGCUGCUCCAGCUGCAUCCAAGGAGGGUGACUCUGGAAGUAUUUUGCUGGCUUUGGCCUCUUUGGCUAAGAAGACAGAGACUCCUACUCCUCCAGCAACUGCAUCCCCAGGUACCCAGCAGGCUCCACCAGCUAACAACCAAAACGCUGCAAACAUCUUGUCUCAAUUGUCUGCCCUUGCAGGCAGCAGCCAGAACAACGGCCACUCGCCUGCCCCACAGCAUCAGAACAUUCGUAGCCCAGGUUACCAGAAUGCUCAGGCAUCACAGCCACCUGCUCUGCUUCCAAACCUUCCAAACCUUCCUAACAUCCCCAACCAGGGCCAAGGUCAGGGUCAGAACCAGCAGAUCUUCAACAUGUUGCAACAGAUGCAGCAGAACCCAGGUGCUUCUCAAUCACCUCCUCCUUCUCAGCAACAAAUACCAAACAACGGUUUGCCUCCUGUGCCAGGCAUGCACCAGCAGCAUCAACAGCAGAUGCCUCCACAGGGUCUUGGCUACAACGACCGUGGUGGAUAUCCUCAGCAGCAGUAUGAGAGAAGAGGCCGUGACGAUAUGGGCGGCUACCUGAGAAGAAACCGUUCCAGAUCGCCACCAAGAGGUCACGGAAACAACGGCUUCAGUCCUAACCCACCUCAGGAGAAGUCUCUUUCUCAUGGCUUUGCUCCUUAUGAAGGUGAGCGUAACGUUCCUGGUGCUCCUCACUUCCGUCCUCGUAACGUUGGUUUCGACAACUCCAUCCCUCAGGGCUCCUUCAAGGUCAUGUCUAGAACCUUGUUCAUUGGUGGUGUUCCUCGUGGAAUGGACGAAAGAUCGCUUGCAGGUCACUUGAGGCCUUACGCCGAGGUCCAGUCUGUUAUUCUUAACAGCGAGAGAAAGCAUGCUUUCGUCAAGGUCUACUCCAGAAAAGAAGCCGAGGCUGUUGUUCAGUCUUUCAACAAGGACGGUGCUUUGCCUUUGAGAACUCGUUGGGGUGUUGGUUUCGGUCCUAGAGACUGUUGCAACUACCAGCAUGGUGUCUCCAUCAUUCCAAUUGUUCGUUUGACAGACGCUGAUAAGCAGUGGGUUGUCGAUGCCGAAUGGGGUGGAACUGGCGGUCAGCCUCUUGUCACUGGUAUUGUGAUUGAUGAGCCCGAUAUCGAGAUCGGAACUGGUAUUUCUUCAAAGGCCAUGUCUAAGAAAAUGCCCACCAACUCCACCAGAAACGGACCAAAGUCCAACAGACCAGGUGAGUCUGAAGACCAGUAUGUCAAGACUGGUAUGGGAGCUCGUCCUGAUUUCAACGGUUACGGCAACAACGCUGCCAACCCAUUGUCAGGUUUGUUUGCAAACCUGCCUCAACAAUUCCCUGGCCAGAUGCCAAUGCAACAGAUGCCUCAGCAGCCUCCUCAGGGUUACCCUCCACAAAAUUACGGCAACCAACAAAACCCUAACUUGGGUGCCCAACUCGCUAACUUCUUCCAAAACGGUGGCCAGCAACAAUAA